AUGGCGGGGAACUCGGAGAGUGCCGUGCGCGAUGUGCCCACAUCUGUAGUCGAUGAAGCCGAACUCCAGCGCAAGGUGGAUCUGGCGAUUAACGCUGCGGGACAGCGUCCGAUGCUCGAGCGGCCUCUGCAGUCGCUGGCCGUCUUUCACUGGGGCCUCAUGCCCUUUCUGUGUAUGGCCAUUUUCUUUUUGUUGUGCUCCAUUCCCCCACUAUGGUUGAUCGUGGUACCGUAUGUGAUUUGGAUUCUUUUUGUGGACGAUGCGUAUAUUGUGGGCAAGCGCCGCAAGGAGUGGCUGCGCAGGUCGCCCGUGUUCCGGUACCUGCGCGAGUACUUUCCGAUCGAGCUCGUGCGCACUGCGGAGCUGAAGCCGGAUCGCCCGUACCUCUUUGCGUACCAUCCCCACGGCAUCAUUGGCUUUGGCGCCGUGACGUCGUUCGGCUCCGAAGCAUGCGGCUUUUCGGCCAAGUACCCCGGCAUCACGCCGCAUGUGCUCACGCUCGAGUCCAACUUUCAGAUGCCGCUCUACCGCGAGUACCUGAUUUCGCUCGGCUUUGGUGCCGUGUCGCGCAAGGCGUGCGAGGCGAUGCUGCGCAAGGGGCCCGGCAACGCGAUUGUGAUUGUCGUGGGCGGCGCCCAAGAGAGUCUGAACGCGCGCCCGGGCGAGCUGGACCUGACGCUGAAGCGCCGUAAAGGAUUUGUGCGUGUCGCGAUGCGCACUGGUGCCGACCUCGUGCCGGUGCUCGGCUUUGGCGAGAACGACAUCUACGUCCAGGCCGACAACCACAACGGCAGCUGGCUGUACUGGCUCCAGCAAAAGGUCAAGCGUACGCUCGGCUUUACCGUGCCGAUCAUCAUCGGCCGCGGCCUCUCGCACCGCGCGUUUGGCUGGAUGCCGUACCAGCGCCCGAUCCACGUCGUGGCCGGUGCCCCGAUUCGCGUGCCGCACACCGAGACGCCGACCAGCGAGGAACUGGACGAGGCACACGGCCGAUACGUGGCCGCACUGGCCCAGCUCUACGAAGACCACAAGGACCUCUACGCCCCCCACCGCAUCCGCGACCUGCGCUUUGUCGAGUAG